AGAUAGACCCGUUAAUCAUCCAACCGAGUGACAACAACAUAAUCAAGGAGUCAAUACUCUAGAGUUCGAAAUAUACAAUUUUCUCUUCUUGUGCACCUCACACGCAUUUGUAGAUAGAUACUUCUUUUGUUCACAGCUAUAUCAGUGACACUGACACUCACGACACGUCGCGAUUCGAUCGCGAAAGCCGGUAAAAAUCGUAUCGCCCCAGCAUCUUCACCGUCAGGCAACCAUCCCUUAUCCUGUUCCUGUUGCUGCUGCACUCGGUGCUCCAGUCCAGUCCACGCCAUGGCUUCCCGCGCCACUCUCCUGCCGCUCUUCCUCUUGCUCCUCGCGGCGCCCGCGCUCGCCACCUCCGGCACCAUCGUCUUCACCACGCUCGGCCGGAGCCGCUACGCCUUCGACAUCUUCGCGCUCCCACUCUCUCCGCUCUCCUCCGCCGCCGCCUCCGCGGAGCUCCGCCUCACCGACGGCGUCUCCGUUAACUACAACGGCAACUUCGCGCCCUCCUCCUCCUCCUCGGAGCCGCCCUCCCUCCUCUUCGUCUCCGAGCGGAACGGCUCACUAAACCUCUACCGCACCCCCGUCCCUCUUUCCGCCUCCGCCGCCCGCCGCCGCGAGGCGCUGGAGGAGGAGGACGACUCGCCGACGCUCACGCCGCUGCUCCCGUGGGACCCCAUCGCGCUCAAGGACCGGCCCUCGCUGACCCCCGACGGCGCCCACCUGGUGUACGUCUCCACGGCGGAGCCCGCGGGGUCCCCGCGCCGGAGCUGGGCGGCGGUGUACUCCACGAGCCUAGCGUCCGGGGCCACGCGCCGCCUCACCCCACGCGGCGUCGCCGACUUCAGCCCCGCCGUGUCGCCGUCCGGGGACUGGACCGCCGCCGCGUCGCCCGGCCCUCGCGGGUGGGACGGCGAGGUGGAGGACCUCCGCACCGACAUCUACGUCUUCCGGACCUCCGAUGGUUCGCGGCGGACGCUGGCCGUCCCGGACGCCGGGUGGCCGACCUGGGCCGACGACAGCACCGUCUUCUUCCACCGCCGGGACGGCGACGGCUGGUACGGCGUGUACCGCGCCAAGCUCUCCUUCACGGACGACGACGACGGCGGGGUGGCCGUCGCUUCCGUCGUCGACCGGAUUACCCCGCCGGGGAUCCACGCGUUCACCCCCGCCGCGUCGCCCGGCGCGCCGGGGCUCGUGGCCGUGGCCACCAGGCGCCCGGGCUCCGACUACCGCCACAUCGAGGUCAUCGACGUGUCCGGCGGCGGCGGCGCCAACGCCGCCUACUUCGACGUGACUAGGGCCGUGGCGCCGCGCGCGCACCACUUCAACCCGUUCAUCUCGCCCGACGGCGAGCGCGUCGGGUACCACCGGUGCCGGGGCAGCGGGAACGGGGACUCACCGCUGCUGCUGGAGAGCAUCAAGAGCCCGGCGCCGGACACGUUCUCGCUCUUCAGGAUCGACGGGUCGUUCCCCUCGUUCUCGCACGACGGCAAGAGGAUCGCCUUCGUCGGGCUGCCGGGGCUGUUCGUGGUCAACUCCGACGGCUCCGGCGGCCGCCGGCGGGUCUUCUCGGGCAACGCGUUCCCCACGACAUGGGAUUGGAAGAGGAAAGGUGUCAUCUACACCAGCGUCGGGCCAGACUUCGCGAGCGAGAGCACCGAGGUGGACGUUGUCGCCGUGUCCCUUGGCGACGACGACGACCCCAAAGUCUCGAUCAAGAAGCUCACCGUGGGCGGCGAGAACAACGCGUUCCCGUCCCCCUCGCCGGACGGCAAGUGGGUGGUGUUCCGGUCCGGGAGGUCCGGGCACAAGAACCUCUACAUCAUGGACGCGGAGGACGGCGAGGCCAGUGGCAUCCGCCGCCUCACCGAGGGUCCCUGGUCCGACACCAUGUGCAACUGGUCCCCCGAUGGCGAGUGGAUCGCGUUCGCCUCCGACCGGCACAACCCGGGCGGCGGCAGCUUCGGCAUCUACAUGGUGCACCCGAACGGCACCGGCCUGCGGAGGGUGGUGCACAGCACCGACGGCGGCCGCACCAACCACCCCUGGUUCAGCCCGGACUCCAAGACGCUGGUGUUCACGUCGGACUACGCCGCCGUGUCCGCGGAGCCCAUCUCAAACCCGCACCACUACCAGCCCUACGGCGAGAUCUUCACCGUCAACAUCGACGGGUCGGGCAUCCGCCGGCUCACGCACAACUCCUUCGAGGACGGGACGCCGUCGUGGACGCCACACUACCUGAAGCCGGAGGACGUCGGCGAGACGCUGCAGGCCUCCGGGACGUGCGCGUUUGAGGAUUGCCACUGGCUCAACAUUGCUGCCCAGCCAGAUGGCCUCAUGUGUGGCAAGCACGGCUGAUGUAGAAUCUGUGAUGGGACUCAUGUAUGUAUAUAUAGCACUAUAGCAGCGAUCAUCCAGUGCAGUGAUGCCAUCUUGUUUGCUUGCAUACUACUGAUAUGAAUAAGGUCAUGUACAGUGAUGCCAAGUUUAAGGCAAAAAUUAAAGAAACUCCACAUACUUAUGACGAUGCUUACAUGUACUAAUGACAGAUUAAUUAUGCAUUUAUGCUUAA